CACCACAAUACGACCCAACCACCUCACCCACCGCGCACCAUCGAUCUACCCGGUCGACCAUCAAUCACGCGACACUGCCAUCGCGUCCGACACAUCGACGAGGUAAUUCGCGAAUCUGCGCCUCCCUUACGCGUCGACACGACAUCGUACAAGCGUGAGCUCGACUCGCACAAUGGCGGACGAGGCCAACCCACCCGUGCCUGCGGACACCACCAACACUGCUGAACUACCGACGCGUUCCACAGACGCUGUUGCAGAGCCUGCUGUCGCUGAGGCAAAGCCGGCUGAGGACGGUGUCAUAACCACCUCAGGUGUCGCUGAAGUUCCCAAAGACGACGCUGCGCAAAAGGACGAUGCCGCGAAGGAAGACGCCACUGCUGACGCGCAGGCAGAGCCAACGGCUAGCGACGACGCAAAUGCUGCUCCAGCCUCCGACGCGCCAGCGACGAAUGGCACCCCAGCACCAAAGAAGGCUGCCAACGACAAGCGCAAAUCCGGUGCGGGCGUUCCCGAGCACAAGAAGAAGACACCGGCUAAGAAGGGAAAGAAGCCACCACCCGAACUGCGUCUGAAUGUCUCGCCUGGUGACAUGUUCAUGGUCGCCAUGCGGGGUUACCAGCCAUGGCCAGUCAUUGUUUGCGAUGAACAAAUGCUCCCAGAGUCGCUGCUUAGCAAGCGUCCUGUCAGUGCUAAGCGCAUUGACGGUACGUACCGCGAAGACUUUCUCGAGGGCGGCAAAAACGCUAAGGAUCGGAGAUACCCGGUCAUGUUCCUGGGCACCAACGAAUUCGCAUGGCAAGUCAACACUGAGCUGUUGUCAUUCGACAUCGAGGAGGUGAAGAAGGACGUGGAGUCCGGCAACCAAGGGAAGAAGAACAAGCAGCUCUGGGAAGCGUAUCAGAUCGCGGCUGAGGGUCACGACCUGGCACACUUCAAGGAGAUGCUGGCUGCCCACGAAUCUGCGAUGCAAGAAGACGUGGAGCAGAAGGAGCAGAAGAAGAAGGAGAAGGCUGAGAAGUCAGCCAAGCGUAAAAGCACAGCCCCUGACGACUCAGAAGACGCUGAGAUGGGAGAAGCUGGUGACGAUGCUGCCCCUGCAAAGAAGGCGAAGGCCACCAAGAAGCGCAAGAAGGAUGAUCAAAGCGAUGGCGAGAAUGAGAAGGCUGUAAAGACUCCCAAGAUCAAGUUGACGACUGGCAAGACACCAAAGGCCGCAUCAGCCGCGAAACCUAAGAAGGAGCCCAAGUCUAAGAAGAAAGCGAGUGAAGAAGCUGCGCCUGAAACACCAGAAGAGGCUCCUAUGACUGAAGAGGAGCGGCUAGUGAAGCGCGAGAAGCAAGUUCUCUACCUCCGUCAUCGCUUGCAAAAGGGAUUCCUCUCGCGCGACCAGAAACCAAAAGAUGAGGACAUGACGAGCAUGUCCGAGUACCUGAAGCAGCUUGAGGCUCACGAGGAUCUAGAGGCUGAUAUCAUAAGAAAGACCAAGGUUCACAAGGUACUGAGGGCAAUUCAGAAGCUGGAAACUAUUCCGAUGGAGGAUGCGUACAGCUUCAAGCAGCGCUCCAGUGAUCUCCUCUCCAAGUGGGGCCCUGCUCUGGCAUCUGACCCUGAGCCUGCCGCUGCCAACGGUGUCAAGAGCGAAGAUCGGGAGAAGUCUGAGUCUGCUAAAGACGAGGCGCCGUCUGCUGAGAAGACUACAGAGGAAGAGAAGAAGGACAGUGCCAGUACCGAUGCCGCCAUCACCAAGACCGCUGACGAGGAUGGCGAUGUGCACAUGUCGGAAGCCGACAAAGAUGUCAUCAAGGAUGCGCCUGCAGCGCAAGAAGAAGCUGAAAAGAGUGGAGAGGGCAUCGAGAAGACGACAGCUGAGCCUGAGACGGCUGCUGCGGCCACGGAUGAUGCGUCCACCUAAACGCAGCGCGCUCACGAGCAAUGAGCAAGGAAAUGGCGUAUUCAGCCCUGUUACAGUCGUCUUUCUGCAGCAGCCUGACUGCAAUACUGAAGCGUAACGGCUUGCGAUGGUUGGUACGAGCACGCAUGAGCGAGACGUGUUCGGGUAUCUCUACGGCGGGCGCACCAGCUUUGGUAUCUUGGACGAUAAGGUCAUCUGUGUACAUAUAUAUAGUGCUGAACAAGCAGGGUUAGUGGAGUUCGAUGAGAAGACGCGUGCUCAUUCUUCGCGACAUGUGUUUCUUUUCAUGGGUUCUCGGAGAUUAGUGAGCUUUAGCGGAGUCAGAGACUGUCCUAGCGAUCGAUAACAAUUGGAAUUAUCUCAUUAACAUGCCACUGUUGUAUUC